UCUGGCUCUUGCUUUGGAACAUGAACUCUUGUUCUUUAUAUCACUGUGCCCUGUACACCCUGACUCUGGCAGUGCUUGUUGCUGGGAAUGUCCACCCAGAAUGUGAUUUUAUGGUGGAGCUGAAGAAAAAGGAGGCUGAAUGUCUGGAGGCCCCACAAGAGCAUGGAAAUGCAACAUCACCAGGUUGCAAGAGAACUUGGGACAAAUUGUUGUGCUGGCCAGAGGCAGAUGCUGGAGAGAUUCUUGCCUUACCAUGUCCAAACAUCCUCUUUCACUUCAUGAAGGAGCCAGCUGGGAUGAUAAAAAGAAACUGUACAAAAAAGGGCUGGUCUGACCCAUUCCCUCCCUACCAUGUGGCCUGUCCAGUAGAGGAUGAGAUUCCUCUUGAAGAACAAUCCUACUUUGCUACUAUAAAGAUAAUUUACACUGUGGGAUACAGCGUGUCCAUCACCUCCCUCAUCAUUGCUGUGACAGUUCUGAUUGCAUUCAGAAGGCUUCGCUGUCCCAGGAAUUAUAUCCAUGUACAGCUCUUUUUUACAUUCAUCUUAAAGGCUGUUGCCAUUUUCAUUAAGGAUGCUGUCCUUUUCCAGGAGGAAGGCAUUGAUCACUGCAGCUUCUCUACAACUGAAUGCAAGAUCUCUGUGGUUUUCUGCCACUACUUCAUGAUGACCAAUUUCAUGUGGCUGCUGGUGGAGGCUCUCUACCUGAACUGCCUGCUGCUCUCCUCCCUUUCUCAUGGAAGAAGAUAUUUUUGGUGGCUGGUUCUCUUUGGCUGGGGUUUUCCAACACUUUUCACCCUUAUAUGGAUAUUGACAAAAUUCUACUUUGAAGACACAGCAUGCUGGGAUAUUAAUCAAGGCUCUCCUUAUUGGUGGCUAAUCAAAGGACCAAUUAUCAUUUCUGUGGGGGUCAAUUUUGUCCUAUUUAUCAACAUCAUCAGAAUUUUGCUGAAAAAACUAGACCCUAGACAAAUCAACUUCAAUAAUUCUUCUCAGUACAGACGUCUGUCAAGGUCAACUCUGCUUCUAAUUCCUUUAUUUGGAACCCAUUACAUUGUCUUCAACUUCCUCCCAGAAUACACCAGCCUGGGGGUUCGGCUUUAUUUGGAGCUCUGCAUUGGAUCUUUUCAGGGGUUUAUUGUGGCAGUUCUCUACUGUUUCCUGAACCAAGAGGUGCAAACGGAAAUUGGCCGCAGGUGGCACGGGAAGAGAUACGGGCUGGUGCCAGUGUGGAGGAGGACCAGGUGGACAGUGCCCUCCAGCUCUGGGGUGAAAAUGACCACAUCUGUCUGCUGAAAAUGGCCACAUCUGUCUGCUGAAAAUGGCCACAUCUGUCUGCUGAAAAUGGCCUCAGGCUCUGGAGGGGAUAAAACCAACCAAACAAACAAAAUUUUACCAAACGUAACUAUUGCAGUCUGUCCUGAGCAAAUUGGAGGAGCAUCUUCCAAUUCUGAUCAUGGGGCUUUUCUGCAGGACAGAUUAAACCCUGACUGAUCUUCUAAAACAAAAUAAUCCUCUCACUGAUAACUCUGCACCACAGCAAACAUAAAAAUCACGUGUUCUAGUUUACUUCUACACUUUCACUGAUAGAGCACUGUGGUAUUUUCGGCGUCCCCCAUCAAGGGGAGGAAUGAUGCAUCUGAUUCCAUGCUCUUAGAAGGCUAAUUUAUUAUUUUAUGAUACUAUAUUAUAUUAAAGAAUGCUGUACUAAACUAUAUUAAGAAUAGAGAAAGAAUAC